UUGGGCUUCAAGAUGGAAUCGGGCACUGAAGACCUACACCCGCACAGCCCCUCCAUGCAACACCCCACUGACCAGCCUCCAGUCCAGCAGGACUCCAUUGAAGAAAAGGGCUCUGAUGCGGAGGAGAAACUCUCCGAAGAAGAAGACAAAAUAUUCUCUUCCCAGUUGCAACAGAACUCCAUGGAAGAAAGGGGCUCAGAUGUGGAGGAGAAACUCUCCGAAGAAAAAGGGUCAGAGCCCGAGACAGAUGAGGAGGAGAAUUCGAAGGAAAGCGAGACACAAGACAGAAACAGCUGCACUGCUCUGUCAGAUUCAGAACGCGGUUCCAGUCCGGAGAUCUCCUGGAAGAGGAAGCUCAAUUCCAGGGUCAGCACCUGCGAGACAACAGGGGCCUCUCCAAAUGAGCACAGUGCGACUCCGGAAAAGAAGAAACAGAAGGUCCUUGACUCUGGCCACAGCAGGGAGAGUGAAGAAAUCCGGGAUGCCCGCCCCAGGAGAUCCCAGAGGAGGCGCCCUGGGCGCAGCAAGAGGCCCAGAUCCAGGUCCCCAGGAGACCAGCCGCCUCCACUUCGGGAAAGCCUCUUGACCUCCCUGCGCUCUAUGUCGGAGGCCAUUUAUCAGAACAUAGUUAAUGUGCACAACCAGAAGGGCUAUUCCCCGCUGCUCUGGGAGCAGCUGACCCAGCUGCGGGGGCCUCUGUGCACCGCGGUGCUGACCACGUACGCCAUGGCCAACCAGGCGGCCUAUGUCUUCCCUGCUGAGGGCUGGCUCGUCCCAACCCCACUGCCGGCUCCCUGGAGUCCAGCCGGGGAUGGAGGAGAAGGUCCGUGCGCCAAGGACAGCCUACCUCUUCCCUAGACAGGCUGUCAGUGGAUCAGGCUUGAUUUAAACUAAGGGUACCCAAGCCUAUUCAGCAGAGACUGCAGUUCUGAAAAAGAGCAAAGCCCUGCAACUGCCCAGAUUCUCCAAGGUGACCGGCAGGGCCAGUUUUUCACACAGGGUGUUCCUCCUAAACGCUAGAACCUGGGGUGGUCAUAGGAAAGGAGCUUGAAAACUUGAGUCAAAAUGGUGAAAUCUGGGUUUCCUUGAGGAAGAAUAUUACAAAGCUUUUAACAUUCGUGUUAGACAAUUGAUGCACCUUAGGACAAUCAAGUUGCUGUAUUAACCCCCGCAGGCCUCUUGCCUCUCAGGAGCGCUAGCGCUGAGGUGCACAUUCUACACUGGCAUUAUUUUAGAGUGAGGAAAGUCAAGCAUUAUUUUAUAAUGAGAACAAAUAUCACGGUGUAAUUCAUAUGCAUUUGCCUACUUUAAAGUGUAGCAAAGUAAACAUGUAUUCGUAUCCUCCCCCUUUUAUACGGAAAAGGCUGCAGCU